AGGGUAUAAUAUUCAGAUCAAAAAUAUCAGCUGCAUUUCAUAAUUGUACGUAAACCCUCUUAGAUAUGUUACUGUACUGUGAUAUAUUUAAAGAAAAAUGCUUAACUCUGUAUUUGGAAGGGUAGAAUCAGCAGAGAAAGCAAUGAAUGAGCCAAGAUCUGCUUGGACAGAACGGGAACCGGAAGGAGCGGAAAAACCCACCAGUGCGGUUCAGCACCAGCGUAAGACGGAGCGCCUGGGAUGGGGGACGUCGCAAAGGAGCAGGUGGGAGUCCUGUCGGGGGAUGCAGGACCGCUGGGAAGCCCAGCUGCAGCAGUUCCUGAAGUCUCUGCAGCUCAUUUUAACAGGAAGGGGAAACUCCGUGAUGAUGGCGGAGGCCUCUCCCUGGGAAGACACCAAGGCCUUCCUGGCCUCCUUUGAGCAGGUGGCCCAAGCUUGCCGCUGGCCCAGGGACCAGUGGGCGGCCCGUCUCCUGCCGGCGCUGAGCGGAGAAGCGGAGGAGGCCUUCCGGACCCUGGAAGCCAGAGACCAGGAAAACUACGAGAAAGUGAAGGCGGCCAUCUUGCGAGGGGAAGCCCUGAGAACGGAGAUGCAGCGGCAGCAUUUUCGGCAGUUCUGCUGCCAGGAGGUGGGGGAUCCCCGGAGGAUCCACAGCCAACUGCAGGAGCUCUGCCGCCAGUGGCUGAGGCCGGAGAGGCGCACCAAGGAGCAGAUCCUGGAGCUGCUGAUCCUGGAGCAGUUCCUGGCCAGCCUCCCACCAGAGCUGCGCAGCUGGAUCCAAGCCCGAAGGCCGGACACGUGUUCCCAGGCAGUGGCCCUGGUGGAGGACUUCCUGAUGAGUCAACAGGAGGCCAAGACGAGGACAACUCAGGGGCCAUUAAAAGAAGAGCCUGUGGAUUUCCUAGUUGCAGAGAAAGAGCCCGUGAAUGCCAUGAAGGGACCAGUCUAUGGUGAAACUGAGCCAAAUGUGGAUGCCAAAUUGCUGGGCAAUGGACUCAAACCCCCAGGUCUCUCUCCUUUGCCAUUUCCUCCUGAAGGACAAGAAGUGGGCCAGACUGGUGGGAAAGAGAGAUCAAAACCUCUCAGGGAAGCUGGCGGGUCUUUGCAGAUCGUGAAGCGGAAUCUCACCCAGCCUGGCCAACAGACUGUGCUCUGGCAGGUCCUGCAGGAGGACGGUGAUGGGGACGCAGAUAUUUUGGGGGAUGAAAUGGAAAAUCACAUCAAAGUGGAACUUCCUCAGGGCGAAGAAACUGAACUUGAGGAUCGAUGCCAGACAGAAUCUCGUAUAAAGUAUGGCCGUGCAACCGUGCCAAUCGAGACACAGGAGGAAAUAUGCACGUCCGAAGAGCAGCUGGGGAAAUUACCGGUUGGAACACACAAUAAAUGUCUUAAGUUUGCAGAAUGUCUCACGGCUUCAGUCAGCCAGCCUUCUGAAGGAAUAAGAGGAAGGGAAAUAACCUUGUUUCCCAACUGCGAUAGAAGAUAUCACUACAAAGUAGAGCUUGAUGAGACACACACUAGUGAGGAUUUUGAGGACUAUCUCAUGUCAGAAAUAAACCUCCCACACCAUGUAUGGGUUAAUAAACUGGACAGAACCAUAACAGAUGGGGGACUGUGUGAAUUACCUAAACAAAGUGAAGGAGAUAAUGUGGAUUGUUAUCAGAGUUACCACGCAGUAAAGAAACCAAAUGACCCUUCUAAAUGUGGGCAGAGCUUAAGUUAUACCAAGUCAUUAAAAACAAAUCAAGGAAUUCCAAGUGAAGAGAGACCCUACAGAUGUCCUCAGUGUGGGAAAUACUUCAGUCGGAGAAGCACUCUGAAGACACAUCAGAGGAUUCAUACUGGGGAGAAACCAUACAAGUGUUCUCAGUGCGGGAAAAGCUUUAUUCAGAGAGUACACUUAAAGAGGCACCAAAGGACUCAUACUGGGGAGGAACCUUACAAAUGUUCUCAGUGUGGGAAGUGCUUCAGUCAGAAGAUAAAUCUGAUCUACCAUCAGAGUAUUCAUACUGGAGAGAAGCCAUAUAAAUGCUCCGAGUGUGGGAAAAGCUUCCGCUGGAGUAAAUGUUUGAAGAUCCACCAGAGAAUUCAUGCUGGAGAGAAACCCUACCAGUGUUCCCAGUGCGGGAAAUGCUUCAGCCAGGGAGGAGAUUUGAAGAAACACCAGAGAAUUCACACUGGGGAGAAGCCGUACAAAUGCGCUGAGUGUGGGAAAAGCUUCAGCCGGACCGAACAUUUGAAGAGCCAUCAAAGAACUCAUACAGGAGAGAAGCCCCACCAGUGUUCCCAGUGUGGGAAAUGCUUUAUUCUCACUGGAGACUUGAAGCGCCACCAGAGGACUCACACUGGGGAGAAGCCAUACAAAUGCUGUCAGUGUGGGAAAUGCUUCAGUGCCCAAAAAAGCUUGAAGAAACAUGAGAGGAUGCACACCGACCACAUGAAAGUCCUUGGUAUGAGAAAAUCUUCCAUGAAAGGAUCUGUUGAAGAGCAGGAAUGUCGUCUGCCCCAAGGGCGGGAGAAAUUUCUGGUGGGAAAGGAAGAGGGUUUGGCCUCCCCGCUUUCCAAGGGGUCUGAAUCUAAGAUUUCUAGGAAGGAAGGGAAGCUGCAUGAAAACAGAGGCUGGAUGCUGGGCGUGAAGAUGAAACAAUCAGACCCACUGGUGGACCUUAAUUUGAAGAAGGUCCCUGAUGAGACACUUGUUGCUGGGGAGCCUCCAGGUGGCCUGGUGUUGAAAUGGAUUGAACAAGACCCUGAAGGAGGACAGCCGAAGGAGCGGGAAGGCCAGUGGCAGGAAUUCCUGAAGGCUAGGAAUCUCCCUCAUUCAGUUGGGCUGCAGAGGGAUUCUGGCCCUUGGGACGAUGCCAAGGCCUUUCUGAUCUCCUUUGAGCAAGUGGCCGAAGCUUGCCAGUGGCCUAGAGCCGAAUGGAUGGCCCGGCUCCUGCCAGCGCUGAGCGGAGAAGCGAAAGAGGCCUUCAAUGGCCUCGAAACUGGGGACCAAGAGGAUUAUGGGAAGGUCAAGGCUGCCAUCUUGCGGGGGGCAGCCCUCAAAAUGGAGGCCCAGCGCCAGCACUUCCGUCAGUUCCGCUACCAGGAGAUUGAAGACCCCCGGAGGGUUUACAGCCACCUCCGGGAGCUUUGCCACCAGUGGCUGAAGCCGGAGAGACACACCAAGGAGCAGAUCCUAGAGCUGCUGGUCCUGGAGCAGUUCCUGGCCAUCCUGCCCCCGGAGAUCCAGAGCUGGGUCCGGGAGUGUGGCCCAGAGAAUUGUGUCCAGACGGCAGUCCUGGCAGAGGACUUCCUGAUGAGCCAACAGGGGGCAGAGACGUGGAAAUGGCAGGUGCCGGUAUCUUCCAAAGACGAGAUUGGGAAUCCACACAACCCUGUAAAGGAACUGCUGUUUGUGAAGGCUGAAGAGCAUAUUCUUACAGAUCCGGGAUCAACACACCCAGAUGAUGAAAACAGGCCUUGUAGCCAUCCCAUAUCUUUACCUCCACCUGAGGGACAAGAAUUUGUUGAAGCAGGACCAGCUGAGGGAUCAGUGGACUUCAAGCUGGCUGUGCAUUUCACUGAGGGAGAAUGGGCCUCGCUGGACCCAGCCCGAAGUGCUCUUUACAAGGAGAUCCUGCAAGAUGGCCGUGGGAAGGGAACGCCUCAGGAUCACAUCACUGCAACUGAGAUCAAGGAAGAAAUGCUCCAGCCAGCCAGCCCCGAACUGGUGGGAGCCCACAAAACACUCCUAGAAAGGUCCUGUGGGGAAGUAUCUGUGAAGCCCCUUCCCCAGAAAGGAGACGCUGAUUUAGAAAACACACAGGGAAGAAAGCUGCCAAGGAGGUGGCUUUGGGAAGAGGGACAGGCCUUUAACCAGCAUCUAACCCCCAGAAGCGAGAGAAGGCGUUCAUGUCCCGAAUGCGGGAAACAAUUCCAUGACCAGGCCCAGGCGGUGAAGCAUCAGAUGAUCCACAAUGACCUAAAACCCGUGGAGCUCCAGAGUGUCCGUGCAGAGGAGGAGACACCUUUCAACUGUCCUGGCUGCAAGACAAGCUUCCCGAGACAAGGAAACCUCCUCAUGCGCCAAGCGAUCGACCCGGGUGAGAGGCUGUUCGCACGUGCCGAAUGCGGGAGGCACUUCCACGAGUGGAUUCCGCCAAACCAGCAUCAGAGGAUGCAAGAGGGAGACCGGGCCUACGAAUGCCCGUUAUGCCAGAAGAAAUUCCGGAGGAAGGGCAACCUGAUUGUGCACCAGAAGACCCACACGGGGGAGAGGCCGUACGCGUGCGCCCAGUGUGGGAAGAGCUUCAGCGAGAAAGCCAAGCUGAUUCGACACGAAAGGGUCCACACUGGGGAGAAGCCGUAUUCGUGUCCCACGUGCAAGAAGAGUUUCAAUCAAAGAGAGACCUUGCUGAGGCACCGGAGAACCCACACAGGGGAGAAGCCGUACGAGUGUUUGAUGUGCGGGGAACAUUUUGCUCAGAAAGAGACGCUGCUGCGGCAUCACCGAAUUCACCCGGGAAGGAACUUCACCCUAGCAGGCACAGGAACCAAAACAAAACCGCAAGGAAGGGGAGGAGGCGACCCGCUUUGUCCUCCGUUCCCCACCCCUCCGCGGGUCCCGGCGCGGCCCGCUCCUUCUGGCCGCCAGAGGGCCCCGGCCGCGCGAUCUGGAGAGCGGAGGCCGACUCCCGCCACCACCGCUCGGCCGAGCAGGCAGCCUCGCUUCCUCCGACGGCGACUGCCGCAGCCGGGCGCCGCGCGGUCUGCAAGGUCCCGGUUCCCCUACCUGCAGCAAGCGACCCUGCGGCCCGGGCGCACGAAAGAAAGGGCUUCCCGCCUGGAAACCACGCCCGGAGGUGAAGGGUGCAGAGUAGCCUCGUUUUUUGCAGAGGAUCGAAACCGAUUUACCAUGAAUGUUGGAAUCGACAAGACCGCAGAGGACGAAAUGCAGGACAGUCUCCUAAGCCUUAAAAAAGAAACAGAAGGGGAGGAACGGGAUUGUCAGGAGGUGAGAGACACCAAGAAAAAGUCAACGGAAGAUGACAGAAAUGAGGACUCCACGCCCAAAGAUAAUUUACCGGAGCUGCAGGGGAUUAAAAUGGAACAGGGUGGAAGCACUAAGGCCUUGGUGACAGGAAGGACAGAGGAGGAGGAAGACAACGAGGAGUACAGUUUUAUUCACUGGAAGGUGAGGCCCGAUUCAGAAAUGGUUGACCUGAAAAAAGAGAAAGAAGUUGAGAAAGCGAAAGAAGGCAAGGAAGAGAGCAGCAGUGAGGAGAUAAUGGAGUCCGGAAGUAUUGGGAGCAGAGAAGAAGAGGAGCCGCUGGCUGGGAGGCUGGAGGAGAUGAAGCAGAGAUACGGCGAUCUGUGUCAGAACAGCACCGUUUUCCAAGAAAUGAUACUGCGGCUGAAAGCGGGAUGGAGGAACCGGAAUAAAGAAGGGGACUGCUUGCCCGGGAGCUCGGAGCAACUGCAGCUGAACAGGAUGAUGUGGGGCGGAGAUGAAGUCAUGUUUCCCCACAGCAUCGGGGGCCAGUCAGGGGCCCCCGAGAGCCCCCCGAGGACGGAGGGUCGUCUGCUGGAGAGCAGGGCUCCAAUUUCCAUCCCGUUUGGCGGGGGCUUCUUUGACUUCAGCGAGUUUGCGGUCCAGCAGAGCUUCCUCCCGAAGAAGGGCCAGGAGCUGUCCAAGACGUUUGGGCCGGGCCUGAGCUCCAGCGUGGAGCUCCGGGGCCCGGAGAAGGCCCAGCCGGUGGAACGGCCCUACAAGUGCAACGAGUGUGGGAAGAGCUUCGGGAAGCGGUCCACCCUGAACACGCACGGCCGGACGCACACGGGGGAGAAGCCCUUCAAGUGCUCGCACUGCGGCAAGCGCUUCAGCCAGAGCUCCCACCUGCAGCUGCACGAGCGGACGCACACGGGGGAGAAGCCCUACAAGUGCCCGCUGUGCGAGAAGAGCUACAACCAGCGCUCCAGCCUGGUCAUCCAUGAGCGCAGCCACACGGGCGAGAAGCCCUACGCCUGCCUGGAGUGCGGGAAGAGCUUCAGCCAGAAGGCCACGCUGGUGCUGCACGAGAAGAGCCACCGGGGGGAGAAGCCCUACAAGUGCCUGGAGUGCGGGAAGGGCUUCAGCCUCAGCGCCGACCUCAUCCGCCACCAGAGCAUCCACACCGGGGAGAAGCCCUACUCCUGCUCCGCCUGCGGGAAGAGCUUCAGCCAGAACUCCCACCUCAUGGCCCACGUGCGCACCCACACCGGCGAGAAGCCCCACAAGUGCCUGGAGUGCGGGAAGGGCUUCAACUGGAGCUCGGAGCUGGUCGCCCACGAGCGCACCCACACGGGCGAGAAGCCCUACCGCUGCCCCUACUGCGAGAAGAGCUUCAGCGUCCGCUCCAGCCUCAGCAAGCACGAGCGCACCCACACGGGCGAGAAGCCCUACGUCUGCCCCCAGUGCGGCAAGGGCUUCAUCCAGCGCUCCAGCCUGGUGGCCCACGAGCGCUCCCACACCGGUGAGCGGCCCUACGCCUGCCUGGGCUGCGGCAAGGGCUUCCGGGAGAGCUCCCAGCUCAUCGCCCACGAGCGCACCCACACCGGCGAGAAGCCCUACGUCUGCCCGGAGUGCGGCAGCUGCUUCAAGGCCAAGGCCGCCCUCCUCCGGCACCAGCGGGGCCACGCGGGGCUCAGCUCCUUCAUCUGUGCCGGCUGCGGGAAGAUCUUCUCCUCGGCCGCCGAGAGCCCGGAAAAGUGUCCCGGGUGCGUCGGCCUGAGCGCAAUGCCGGGCCUCUCGCGGGCACCGGAAGAGGCCGGCCCGGAAACAGCCGAAGGACAGGGACAGAGCGACGGUGUUAUGAUGUGA